GACGACGAGCGGGCCCUGGCCCUGGAGCAGGGGCAGCACCUCAUCCCCUGGAUGGGGGACCGCAAGAUCCUCAUCGACAGAUACGAUGGGCGAGGUCACCUGCAUGACCUUUCUGAGUACGACGCCGAGUAUUCCACCUGGAACAGAGAUUACCAGCUCUCGGAAGAGGAGGCGCGAAUAGAGGCCCUGUGUGAUGAAGAGAGGUAUUUAGCCUUGCAUACGGACUUGCUUGAGGAGGAGGCAAGGCAAGAGGAAGAAUAUAAGCGCCUGAGUGAAGCCCUCGCCGAGGACGGGAGCUAUAACGCGGUGGGGUUCACGUACGGGAGCGACUACUACGACCCGUCCGAGCCGACCGAGGAGGAGGAGCCUUCCAAACAGAGAGAAAAAAGUGAGGCUGACCAUGUGGAGGAGAACGAGGAGCCCUUCAUUGCCCCCGUGGGACUGAACGUGCCGCCGGACGUGGAGCUGCCGCCCACAGCCAAAAUGCAUGCCAUCAUCGAGCGCACGGCACGCUUCGUGUGCCGGCAGGGGGCGCAGUUUGAAAUCAUGCUGAAAGCCAGGCAGGCCCGGAACUCGCAGUUCGACUUCCUGCGCUUCGACCACUACCUCAACCCCUACUACAAGUUCAUCCAGAAGGCCAUGAAGGAAGGGCGCUACCCGGUGCUGGCCGAGAGCAGAGGGGACGAGAAGCAGAAGUCGGGGGUCAGCUCGGACAACGAGGACGACGAUGAUGAGGGCGACGGCAGUUACCUGCACCCGUCUCUCUUCGCCUCCAAGAAGUGCAACCGCCUGGAGGAGCUGAUGAAGCCUCUGAAGGUGGUGGACCCGGAUCAUCCCCUCGCCAUGCUGGUCCGCAAAGCCCAGGCCGACAGUCCUGCCCCCACCCCUCCCUCGGCAGAAGGCGCAGCCGGGCAGCCCUCCCAGGUGGAGUACACCUCUGACUCGACGGUGGCCGCCAUGUACUACAGCUACUACAUGCUCCCGGACGGCACCUACUGCCUGGCCCCACCCCCCCCGGGCGUCGACGUGGCCACGUACUACAGCACCCUGCCCGCCGCCGUGCCGCCGCCCCCCACCACCGCGGAGACGAGCAGUGGGGUGACCUCCACCACCAUCACCACAAGUGCGCUCGCUCCCGUGGCCGCCAUCAUCCCCCCGCCCCCCGACAUCCAGCCCGUGAUCGACAAGCUGGCCGAGUACGUGGCCAGGAACGGCCUCAAGUUUGAGACCAGCGUCCGUGCCAAGAACGACCAGAGGUUCGAGUUCCUCCAGCCGUGGCACCAGUACAACCCCUACUAUGAGUUCAAGAAGCAGUUCUUCCUGCAGAAAGAAGGGGGCGACGGCGCUCAGGCCGUGUCGGCACCAGAGGAGGCUCCUGCAGAGUCGGCCCCUGAAAAGCCCAGCGACGCGGGGGAGGAAGGUGUGGCUGAGGACGUGGCGGACACAGGAGGGAGAGGCGGCCCAGGGGGCAAGAAGGAGUCGGCGUCCGGGAAGGCUGCCCCGGACGGGAAGCUGGUGAAAGCUUCGUUUGCUCCAAUCAGCUUUGCGAUCAAGGCCAAAGAGAACGAUCUGCUUCCCCUGGAAAAGAACCGGGUGAAGCUGGACGAUGACAGUGACGACGACGACGAGAGCAAAGAGGGGCAGGAGAUCGAGGAGAAGCGGCCUCAGCUCACCCAGGAGGAGCUGGAAGCCAAGCAAGCGAAGCAGAAGCUGGAGGACCGCCUGGCCGCCGCCGCCCGGGAGAAGCUGGCCCAGGCGUCCAAGGAGUCCAAGGAGAAGCAGCUGCAAGCGGAGCGGAAGCGGAAAGCCGCUCUGUUCCUGCAAACCCUGAAGCACCCUGCGCCAGAGGCCGAGCUCGGGAAGGCCGAGGACAGUCCUUUCACCGUGGAGGAAGCCAGCCCCGUGGCCUGCCCUCUCCUGAGUGGGGGCCGACCUCUGCCGCUUGUCGACGUGAAACCCCCGGAAGGGCCCUCGAGCAAAAGCAGAGACCCUCCCCGAGAAGAAGAGAGAGAGAAGAAGAAGAAGAAGCACAAAAAACGGUCUCGAACAAGGUCUCGCUCCCCCAAGUACCACUCGUCGUCCAAGUCCCGGUCUCGGUCCCACUCGAAGGCGAAGCACUCCCUGCCCAGUGCCUACCGCACCGCGCGGCGCUCCAGGUCCCGGUCCCGGUCCCGGUCGCCUCGGAGAAGAGCUCACUCCCCCGAGAGGCGGAGGGAAGACAGAAGCGUGCCCACCGCCUACCGGGUGGGCAACAGCCCGGGCGGCAGCAGGAAGCGGACCCGGUCCAGAAGCCCCCACGAGAAGAAGAAGAAGCGGCGCUCACGGUCGCGGACCAAGUCCAAGUGGGUGGGCCGCCCGCAUCCACAGGACGGACACAGUCCUCAGACGCAGGGAGGGGCUUCCCGCUGGUCCCCGUGCCUCACAGCACCCGACGCUCCUGUCCUCACUCGGCAUCUGGGCGGGGCCCCAUCCACACCCCUCACUCCAGACCUCAGGCUGCGUCCACGCUGGUUGUCGCGUGCUUGGCCAGCCAGCAGCGCCCACCGCGUCCCCGGGCCCGAGGGUGGCUGUGAGGGCGGCGUUGCUGGUCUCGCUGGCGUCCGAGUGACGCUCUGCCCUGUCUGCCGCAGGGGCGUGUCUCAGGAGAAGGAGGGGCAGAUCUCCUCGGCCAUCGUGUCUUCUGUGCAGAGCAAGAUCACUCAGGACCUCAUGGCCAAAGUCCGAGCGAUGCUCGCUGCCUCCAAAAACAUGCAGACCAGUGCCUCCUGAGACGCCCUGGCGGCCGGGGCCACCUCGGCUCGGGCCGCAUGGAGCCGUCCCCACUCCCCGGGUGUCCGUGGACAGUGGCGGGUUUUGUAAAUUCAUUUUUGAUGACAAUUUCAGUUUAAGAUUUUUGACCAGCAGUCUCUUACCUGUAUAUUUGUAAAUAAUAUCAUGUUUCUGUGAAAAUGUAUUAUCAAUAAAAUGGGAAGAAAACACCUUUUCUAGCUACCGA